CUCUUCCUUUCCCAUACUCCUAAACGGUAACCUCCCCUUCUUUUCCUCUCUUCCAUCAUUCCUCUUUCUCUUUCCUUCCCCAUCCUUCCCAAAGAACAAAGUGUGUUGGAAUCAAACCUAAGUUUCAACGUCAAAGGGUUUUUUUUGUUUUGUUUUUGGUUUAUCAAAUGUGCCAAAAUGGAGGCUUACAGAAAGGAGCGAAGAAAAACUAUGACCAUGAAUUGGGAUGGGCUACGCGACGAUGACGACGAGUUCUUUGAAUCCAACGAUAGAAUAUCCUCCGUCGUGCCACUCGAUUGUGUUUCGUCAGGUUCUGAUGAUGACGAUGAAGAUUUCGAUGACAGCCGCAUUUCUUUCGCUUCCGCGGUAUCAUCGGUUCACACACCACAGUUCCAAGCUUUUGCCACGACGGCAACCCCAAUGACUCCUGACUACGAUAUCUGGAUGGCGUCUCCAGGGUCCAUUAAGGAGCGGAGACAGCGGCUUUUCCAAGGCAUGGGCUUAUCUCCCAACAGAGAACUUCUUAGUUUCAAACCUGGCGUCUCAAACAAUGUCCCCAACGGUCAGGUUCAGACGACAGCCGAAGUUCCUGCGGCCGAUACAAGUGUUUCCAAAGCGCAGCCUCAACAAAACAACAAAGAUUCUCCGAAACAGGAAUUGUCUCACUCUCCGCUUCCCUUCCUGUUCGUACGGUCCAGGUCUGAUGGUGACAUCGAGUCACUUUCAAUUCAAAAGAAAAGAAAAGAGGAAUUUCUUGGUUCCAUAUCUAAGCAAAUUCUCACAAGAACAUCUUCUUUAAUAUCAACCCAACAUGAAAAAUCAUAUCCGUACCAGGAAAACAUUAGAGCUUCCCCUAAAGAUUCAGGGAAUAGUCCUACGAUUAAGCAAAGCGGUGGUUUAACCUCAGUUGGUUCGAAAAAUAGGUUCGGAGCUUUUUUCUUGAUUAAGAAUUUGGAUACAGGAAAAGAGUUUAUAGUUAAUGAGUAUGAUCAAGAUGGGAUGUGGAACAAACUGAGUGAUCUUCAAACAGGGAAGCAGUUGACAAUGGAGGAAUUUGAGAAAUGUUUGGGGUAUUCACCAAUGGUAAAGGAGUUAAUGCGUCGAGAAAAUGUUAACAGGAUGAUGAAUUAUCCUGCCAAUCAACGGAAGUUCAAUUCAUAUCUUUCCAAGAGUUUAAGGAUGAGCAAGAGAAGAGGUGCAGCCAUGUUGAGAAGUAUAAAAGAGGUGGCCAAUUCUAUGACAUUGAGGGGGGAGAAAGAUAGGGAGAACGUGUUAGCUAUGGAUCAAAGGAAUGUCAAGAAUCAGUGGGUGAAAGUUAGACAAACGGGGAAAUCUUAUAAGGAGUUGAGUGCUUUACAUUUAUGUCAAGAAAUUCAAGCGCAUGAGGGAUCGAUUUGGACCAUCAGGUUUAGUACAGAUACGAGGUUUUUAGCGAGUGCUGGUGAGGAUAAGAUAAUUCAUGUUUGGGAAGUUCAGGAAUGUGAGAUUAUGUCCAUGAAUGAAGGGAGUUUAACACCAGGGUGUUUAACCCCACUUCAUCCAUCCCUGGCUAGUUCACCACUUCAUCCUUCGCUCUCCUUGUCCCAGGAUCAAUCAGGACUUUUGGAAGCUGCAGGUAAUCUGCAUGAGAAAAAGAAGAAGGGAAAGGGCUCAUCUAGUAAAAAAGGCAACCACAUUCCUGAAUACGUACAUGUGCCAGAAACCGUGUUUUCGCUAUCAGACAGACCAUUUUGUUCUUUCAAGGGCCAUUUGGAUGAUGUUUUGGACUUGUCCUGGUCUAGAUCUCAGGUUGACUUGAUGGAUUUGCAGCGACUGCUUUCAUCUUCAAUGGACAAAACUGUAAGGUUAUGGGACCUGGAAACCAAAAGCUGUUUAAAGUUAUUUGCCCACAAUGACUAUGUAACUUGCAUACAUUUCAAUCCUAUGGACGACGAUUAUUUCAUUAGUGGGUCACUUGAUGCAAAAGUUAGAAUUUGGAACAUACCAGAUCGGCAAGUUGUUGAUUGGACUGAUCUUCAUGAAAUGGUUACAGCUGCCUGCUACACCCCUGAUGGCCAGGGUGCCUUAAUUGGUUCACAUAAGGGCAGUUGUCGAAUGUACAGCACUGACGGUUGCAAAUUAACUCAGUUAGAACAGAUUACCAUUCGAAACAAGAAGAAGGCUCAUAUUAAAAAGAUAACAGGUUUCCAGUUUUGUCCAAUUAAUCCAUCUGAAGUACUCGUUACUUCAGCUGAUUCUCGAAUACGAAUUUUGGAUGGUUCAGAAGUCAUUCGUAAAUUUAGAGGCUUUCGAAAUACCAGCAGUCAAAUUGCAGCUUCAUUUACUUUAGAUGGAAAAUAUGUCAUAAGUGCAAGCGAAGAUUCUCAGGUAUUUGUUUGGAGGUGUGAGGAACCUCGAAAUACAGGCACAGGAAAAAGAACUAUGAUCACUGCUCGAAGUCACGAACACUUCCUAUGUAAAGAUGUUUCGGUAGCAAUCCCAUGGCCUGGUACUAUAAAAGGUGAACCUCCAUCAAUGGCAACAGCACAUUCAAAAAGACACUCGAAACGAUGCCCACCACAACAAAGUAACACCAAGUGUGAAUCGCCAAGGAAAGAAGACAGCCCUGGAUCAAACAACAACAAAAAAUCCUUGCCACCACUUCCGAAUAAGAAGAACAACAACAACAACAAUAUAGAAAGACCUAUAACCCCUCCCGAAGAAGAGCUUGCUCAGGUUUCUCGUACAGAUACUGGGAUUGUCGAGUCAUCAUCCAUCUUGAGGUCUUCCUCAACAAGGGAAGGUGAUUCACCUUCCAUUUCCCCUGCUACAAACCUAAACUCUUGUUCCUCAAUAAGAGCAGGGGAUUCACCUUCUAUCUCUUUUGCUUCCAACCCAAGUUCGGCCUCAAUAAGAUACGAUCAUUCACCUUCAAUCUCCUCUGCCACACCAUCAUCAUCUUGGUCUGCGUCUCGGUCUUGGUUAGAUGUCGUUGGCCAUGGACACCAUCCAACACAAGCAACGGCUUGGGGCCUAGUAAUCGUUACAGCCACAUUGGGUGGUGAAAUCAGGAUUUACCAAAAUUUCGGAUUACCACGAAGAAUUGGCCGCCUAUAAGAUGAUGCACCAUCUUAAAGAAAUUGUUAUAGAAGUUUUGCAUGACACGUCCCAUGCAGUCAAAUUAAACUGUAGGAGUUUUUUUUUUUUUUAAAUUUUGUAAAGGUUAAGCUCUUUUUUAAUGACUUUCUUAUAGAUU